AUGACGAGUAGUGCGUACGAAGACGGCUUGUUUCCGCCUGGUGCAGUGGAGGGAAUGUCUGAAAAUGAAGGCGCGACCAACAGACAAACAACGGAACACGUGGGAGCGAAAAAGUCGGCCGAAUUGAGAGCUCACAACAACACCGCCAUCACCACCACCACCACCCCUGCUCGCCACAACUCGCCCAACGCAAAAUCAGCAGGCAACGGCGCCGACCUCACUAACCAGGGUUACAUUGACUCCGCUAGUUUAAACGUGACACAUGACAAUGUAGGUCGCCGUGAUCUUACAGAGCGGCAGUCGGAGACUGGUUUCGAGAAGCUUAACCGAACGCAGGAACGGGCAGACCCAUGGCAAGAACAACAGAAACGCGCGUUGAAGGUCGCGUGGGCAAGCCCCACGGCAGACCCUCCCUCCCACCCACCCACACGCAAACACAAGGUGGAAUUAGAGCGCACGCUCGGCCACGUGCGCGUGCGAGAUUGCACGGCAGAGAUUGCGUUGGAACGGCUGCUGGCAGAGGGGACAGAGAGGAUGGGUUGGGAUGGGAGGGGAGCAGCAGCACACCGCCCCACCACCAACCUGUCAACGCGUAGCGGUCACUCCACCGCCUCCGCCACCACACCGCCAACACCCCAGCCACCACCCGUGUCCACCUCGGACGAGCAGGCGCGCUAA